CAUUCCUCCGCUGUCAGUGUGCGGUGACCGUCGCUGAGCCACCACCACCACCACCACCGCCACCGCCUCCCCGGAGCCCCGAGCGAGAACCAUGGAGGAGAUCAACAGCGUCGAAGUGGGCCCGUGCACGGAGUCCGAGUACCUGAAGCCGCUCCGGGUGCACUACAACCAGAAUGGCACAAAGAAAACCUGGGACUUCAUGCAAACCCAUGACAGUGUAUCAGUGCUGAUCUUCAACACCACCUCUCAUUGUUUUGUCCUUGUCAAGCAGUUCCGUCCAGCCGUAUACAUGUGUGAGUGGGAAAGGAGCAAGAAGCAGCCGCCUCAGCCUGCGGAAAAAACCGAGGAGGGCGCUGCCGAAGCUGCGGCCCCCGAGCCUCAGGAGGGCCAGUCGGCCUCGGAGGGGGAGAGCUCCUCUCAGUGGCCCCCGGCCUCAGCGGGGGUCACCUACGAGCUGUGUGCCGGGCUGGUGGACAAACCCGACCUCUCGCUGGAGGAGAUCGCCCGGCAAGAGGUGCUGGAGGAGUGUGGCUACGAUAUAUCUGCCGCUAAGCUGAAGAGGAUUUCUUCUUACAGGUCAGGCGUCGGUGUAACGGGCGCCAAGCAGACCCUGUUUUACGCCGAGGUGUCCGAUGACAACUGCGUGGGCGCGGGCGGAGGUGAGCCACGGGAGGGCGAGCUUAUCGAGGUGGUCAAAGUCCCGCUGCACGAGGCCAUGACGUUCGCCUACGACGAGCGUAUACCCAAAACCAUGGGCGUCAUUUUUAGCUUCAUCUGGUUCCAUAAUAACAUGUCUCCCAAGUACAAGAUCUCAACUAACGUGUAACUAGUAUUUACAAAACCUUCUUUCAAAACAAUUAUUCCAAAUUAAAUGAAACACUGGCCCAGCACAUCCAUUCUUCCCCCUUAUGGCUCUUUAUCCUCUGUUGCCUUUUUGCUAAGUGGUACGCGAUGGAGGGUGGGCCCCUUGUCGUGAUGCCGGCAGGUUUCUUUAAGUUUUGUCCCGUUUAACCUUUUCAAAUUUUAUGUGGUCUUAAUCAUUUCCCUCAAAAGAAAUUUGCCAUAGCUGGUCGUCUCUGGCACUUUGUUUUUCACGUUUUUUUCUUCUUUUUUUUUUUAAUGUAUGUUAAUUAUUUUAUUUACUGUGCCAUCUGUUAAAAAAUGGCUGGAUAUCACUGAUUUCAUGUGCUUGCCCCUUGAUUAGAGGAAUUCUCCACUGAUCUAAUUAAGGAUCUUGAAUGUUACCUUUAAAAAUCUGUUGCUGGCUGUGAGAAGAAUAUUAUCAUUCCUCGAAACUUGACUCGGACCAUUCCUGCAAAACACAAUCACUGGGAACUCUCGCGUCACAUCAGUUAUCGUAAAUACAAUUUUUCUGACUUUUGAAAUCAUCGUUACGUCAGGGAAACAUGACGUCAAGUACCUUGAAUACACCUCAAGUCACAUUUAUUCUGAUGAAAUUAAAUAAAUGUAUACAUUUUUAUAUCAUUGUUAUCUCACAGUUUACUAAUCUCCACUCUGCGCUCUUUCACCGCCGUGUUAGUGGAAUCUUACAACGAUCUUGAUUUCGUGAACUCACAAGAGGAUCAACAUGGAAAUUUCCUCUUCCACCAUCCACCCUAUACGAUGUGAACUUGGCAUCGAGCCACUCACCAGCCACGUGCUCCUGGUUACCUCCAGUCAGCUGACACUUUUUAUCGAGCUAGUUUUUUCGCUCAUGCUCAAACAUCUCAACCCAACCUGAAAGUUAGAAUCUAACAUUUAGAAUUUACAGCAUCAGCUUUGUCAACAUUGUUCUUAUCGCUAAUGCAAAAAUAACAAAACAGUGGAGUAUUCCUUUAAGCCAUGAUCCAGUACUGCAAAGACUAUGCUGUUUAAUUGUGGGGCCUUGUAUCGACGGGGAGUCAGGCGUGUGUUUGUUAACCACCACUUGUUCAGGCAUGCCUCAAUUAAUUUAUCUGAUCCACAGCCUUUGAGCAAUACUUAUCACAGCACCCCGGGGCUGAACUAUCCCUCAGUGUUUGCUGAGCUCCUUCAUUAAGUUUAACCAGUCGACAUAUCCGCAGACUGUCUUCACCGCUCAGACAGAGCAUCUGCCUACCUCUGCACCGAGGGCCUGACUCUCAGUGAGUCAUUGUAGUCGAGCACAAUCCUGAUCUUGAGCGUACUGUACUAGGUUAGUCAAAGACAUGACGCACGGAACUUUAUUUCACGUAUUCACGGUUAUAGGAUUAAAAAAUAAGCUACAGUGGGUUUUGUUUUUCAGGGUUUUUAUUUUUUAAGGGCGCUUUUACACAACCUACUUUGUUUGUUCUGGACCUUCAGACUUUUCAGUGUCGUCCAAAUCAAACCGACCGGUGUCGAAGGAGCCUCGGACCAGUUUCUGGACCGAUUCACCGAAUAUCAGUCCGACCGAAAGAGCUGGUUUCAGUCUGGAUCAAACUGAACCAUGGAUCAGUUCGUUUGCAGUGUGAAAACACUUUGUUGGAUCGUUUGGACUUUGAAGAAAAGUCGCAGGAUUGCCUUCCGUCUUUGCCUCCAACAAAAUAUUGUCAAGGAUGUUCAUUUGGCACAUUUGAACUAGUAUCGAGUACUAGUUAUCGAUGCUGGUAGUAAUACUAUAAUGAUAUAACAGUGGGAACCAAGUUAACGAAAUGAAUUUCUUCAUUAAUUUUGAUGAAUUGAUGUCAGACACACGCUCGUCUACUAACCACUAAAUGUCAAGUGUAGGUAGACGCAGCCCACAGAGGUGAAGACAACAGGACGUGCGUGUGUCAUACAAAAUUAUUUAAUGCGCUCCCUAAAUUCUGAUAUGAAACCAAAACUAAUCAAACAAUGUAAUAAAGACGUUCAGGUGUGAAAACGCUCCUGAGAACCAGAUAUUUUGGCUCUAACGUGUCGGGGAACAACCUGAAAUCUCUUUGACAUCGAGUUAAGAUACCUUUUCAGUUUUAACUUUUUUUGGACGGAUUAUUUUUGUACCCUGUAUGACAUGUUGCUUUCUGAGAUAUAGACACAGCCUGGAGGUUUGAACACAGUAGUGCAGGUGUAGGAGCAUGUUUAAAAGCAGUCGACCUUCUGACACAUUGCCUUGAACGAUAAUUCAUUCCGGAGUUCCAGUGCAAUACAUAUUGGAAUCGUCAUUUACACCAAUCUCACAAAAGUUAAUCUCCAACAGCAGUUUGUCUAAAAUCUCAGGUCCAAAUCAUCAAACGUUUGGCCGUUCAGGGAAAAUCUCUGAGCGUGACGAUGACCAGCAUGUUACGAUAUUAUCAUAUUUCAAAAAAUCACUUGCAGCUUAGAGGCGACAAGGUUCUUACUCUUCUUACUACAGUGUGUAUUAGUAUUUUUCUUCAUUCAAAAAGGGCUGGUACUUCAUCUAUGAUUUAAAAAAAACGUGACAAGACACAAAUUCCCCCUCACCUCCUCGUUUUGUUAAAAAUAUGCAAGUACUGAAGCAGAGCUGUUUUUAGAAAAUCACUGCCCACCUAAAAAAAACAAAACAACAACACAACCCCCCAUCUCAUUAUUUUUUACAUAACUAGAGUCGGAUAGAAGUAGAAGUAGAAUAGAAACACGCUGGCAGAUCUUGUCGGUGAUUUCGCGUCAAACCAGGGUUCAGAUCUUCUUAUCGUGCACCAGCAGAGUUGUGACACAGUUCAGUGGUUUGUACUGGAAGCUGUUUAAAAACUGACCUGCCUGAAUAACUUGGUGGUUUGGUGAAUUUUAAUUAUUUUUUUUGUAAGUAUUUGUAAGGAUUCUAAGUGCAAUGUUUAUAACACCUUAAAAUCCCAAAACAGUGUUAAAACAAGUUCCGGUCCUAAAACUCACUGGGUUUUUUUCUUCAACCAGUGAGACCAUUAAGAAAUACUCAAGGUUGAUGUGAGAAUUAAUUAACUUCUUGUUUUUCUGCUUUUUGAGCCUGAGGAACAGCUGACAAUCAAGCGCCAACACUUGUCUUCUGUGACCCAUCGUACCUCGUGGUUGUUUUUUGGUCGUGUUCUUUCGUUGCGUUGUCCGGUGUUUGUCCUCGUCCCUCCUGGAUCUCACAGCAGUUCUCCCUGAAGAGGACUCGGCGUCGUUUCAUCUCUAUUUGGUGCCACUCGGGCUCUAAAUUGAUUGUUCUCAUCUGCACAAAUUCACAAAAAUAUCAGAAAUUAAUCAACCGAACUAAAUAUGCUUGGUUUCACACACCGAGAGAAAUAUUUGAGAAUGAAUAUCCACCCAAACUGUGUAGGAAUAUAUGCAUUCAACCCUUAAAGCCAUAUUCAUCUCCCUCUAUGCCCAAUAAUUGAGUUUCUUAUCCAUCGGAGAUCAUUUCCUCGAUGUAGGAUUUUCUAGUUUAACUGGAGCAGCUUGAAUUGUUUUUAUUCAUUAUUUUAUGUUCCUGUCUUUUUCAAAACAACUCUCAUUAGCUAAAUUGAUCCAUAUUCUCUCAGGAGUAAUGAGGUUUCCAAGCCUGUUGAAUAAAUGUCGGUAUCAAGUGUGAAUUUAGAUCAAACGUUUCAAAUACUUUCAAACUACAGGAAUUAGAAGUUUAGAGUCGGGACACUUUGGAAAAAUGUGGAAAGCACCUUUGGAAAAUGAGACGAGACAAAUUAAUCUCAUAUUAUGUUUAUUGUUUUACUUUGGGUUAAUACUUAAAAAGGUUUACACUCUAAUAUUCAGAAAAUACCACUUUCCUCACUGUCCAUUGAACUUUGACAUACACAAAAAACCUUUAUAACACACUCGAGGAAAGAAAUCGUAUGUGUCCUUUAACAAUAUUUUUAACUACACCUCACAUCGUGAUAAUCAAUAUGUUUAAAUGUCUUUUUAUUGGGCAGUUUAUCCUCCUUCACCUUAUUUCAUCCACCUCCAUCCGUCUCCCCUUCUAACGCUGAUCUCAGUGGUUUGAUGACAGAUUUCCAACGGUGCUCCCAGUUUUCCAUCGUCCUGUCCUUGUCCGGUUUGAGUUGUGACUGAUGAAAGUGGCCGCUUGUCUUUGGUUUGACUCUUGAUUAUCUGUCGCCCACACGUGAACACAUUUUACAGGUGUCAGCCAUAAUCACUGCAGAGUUGACGGAGACAAAUCAAACCUGUGUAUCGUGUAUGAAAAUACUUUCGUUGGCUGAAAUGAGGCCGUCUGCUUCGAAUCGUCUUGACCUAAAAAUGUGACAAACAAAAAGCCAUUUUUACUUCUGAGGCCAGUCUGUAACUUUGUGCCUGUGAAAUGUGGAAAGCUGCCGUGUGACUUCUCCUUAGGAGCUAAAACGUUUGCUCAGUGGAACGUCGUCGCAGAAUCACGAGGCCGUGUUGCUCUUCUACAUUAACGCCUGCAUCUGGGGGCAGCGGCAGCCAGGAAGCCGACACAGGUGCACGUCGGUCCACGCCUUUCCUCCUGCGAUUAUCUGAACGUUCGAGUGCGAAGACGCACAGUAGCAUUAAUGAUUGACACAAGGAAAACAAACAUCCAGUCCCAACGUCUGACGUUGUUACUGAAGCUCGAUUGUUUUUAGAGAAUUCAGUUGCCAAAAGAAACACAACCAGUGUGGCAGCGCUUCAGGUUCAGCCGGUUCGACCAGGGCCUAUACAGAAUAAAUAUAAGAUGGAAAUGUCAAUUUAAGUAUAGGUCUGUGUGUUUAUUUUAGUUCAAGCUGUGGAGUCGAGAUCUACUUCAUCAGACCCGCAGUCUGUUUUGUACUCAAACAUUUUUUUAUUACUUUUAUAAGCUAUUUAAAAGUGGCUGGUUAUGUUUUUUUUAUUAUUAUUAUCUUAUUCAGGUUCAAAUGUUUGUGUUCUUCUGCAUAAAAUACUAAAAUUUGAGUUAAUACCCAAACCACAGACUCUCAUAGUGUUGAAUCCGAGACACGUAGAAGUCAGUAAUCGUGGCAGCGUUCAUGGAGGAGUUAAAGGAAGAGUUCAACAUUUUUGAGAAAUGCAAUAAUUCACCUUUUUGCAAAGAGUUGGGUGUUAAAACAAACACCGCCUCCAUGUCUGUACAGUAAAUAUGAAGCUAUAGGGACGUACCACUAAGCAAAGGGUUAAGACUACAUGCUACACGGUUUGAGUCCCUACCAUGGGGCCCUUGGGCAACUUAUACCUCAUUUGAAUUAAUGAGCUUUAGAUUUUAGAGUUAAGCUGUUCAGACCUGGUGUUAACAUCUGUCCUGAGGGAUCCAAUCACAAGAUCAGGUGUGAACAUCCCGUGCCACAAAUUAAAUAGAUAUAGACAUUGAUAUGGAAAAUGUUGAACUUUUCCUUUUUCCCUCCGUGACGAGCUGAACUUUCCCCCCCCCCCCGCGACAAAACUAAAUGCACCUUUGCCAGUUCAGGGUGAAGUGGUCCGACUGUGCCGUGUGCUAAAUAUCAAGGCAGAUUAACAUUUGAGGUAAGUAAAUGGUCGUAUGACUCAUUCUUACCUUGUGCUGGAUUUGGCCCAUUAGCCCAGCACCGGACAUCUCUACCUCCACCACUUGUGUGUGUGUGUGUGUGUGUGCGUUCGCUUCUAAAGCAUUGACAUAUCAAAUUCUCAACGCUCAGUGGUUCUCUGUGACAGAAAAUCAAAUCCAUCAGUACCACGUUUUUUUCUAGACGUUCCCCUCACGGCGCUGCUGUAGUUGUUUUUUUUUUCAACUGUGAUUGUUUUUUAGUUAUCUUUUUCAGUUAAUGGUUUGUGCGCCGUUCGACAAUUUCUUACUGUAUUUUCCAGUGAUCACGAGCUGAACCACAAUUCAUCAUUUUAAAAUGUCGGGUAUUCAAAGGUGCUAUGUGUAGUAAUCUGUAAUUAAAGAAGCUGUAUUAUCCUGCUACAUUGAUAUCGGACCCAGGAUGUGACGGUUCACAGGUUCCUCCGGCGAUCUGCUCAGUUUGUGAUUCUUUGCUCAUAAAAUCCUGGAAAAAGGCACUUUUGAUUUUGGGGAUGACGUCCGCUCACGUUUGCUUCUUCAUUUGCAGACCGGUCGCUGAAUAUUCAGAAGCAACAGGAGGAAGAUCAAUUAUAAGAUUUGCUGCUAUGAGGCAAAGAUGACGUGUAUCUUAUUCGAUUCAUAUUUUAGUGAAAAUACACACGAUACCUUUAAAGCGAAAGAAGUACGAUUAGUUUCUUUUCAUCGUAAAGACAUGGAGAGAUUUGUCCAAUUGUGAUUUUAUUUUUUUCUUUCUUUCUGGUGUCUUACUCUGAAUUUGUGUUUUUAAGAAAAAAAUAUUUUCUGGAGGAAAAAAAAAAGUACAAACACGAACAUUUCUGAAUUUCUCAUGUAUUUGAAGCUUUAUUAAAAGUGUAUACUCAUUGUGGGCAGUGAUUUCAGUAAGGUUUGGAUUUUGUUAAUUUAUUACCUUAAUGUUGAAAUGUUUAACUUUUAAAACAUGACACUUGGUACAAACAUACAGUAUAUAUUUAAAUAUGAUACUUUGCAUGUGCACUAACUGUCUUGGAUGACAUUGCAUUAAGUUGAAAUAAAAUGGGUUUGAUGCCCAAAACGUCAA